CAACCAUCUGCCGCACUCAGUACGCUACGGACGAUCGAUGUUUUCGGUGUUUUGUGUUGGCUUUUAUUAAAUAUUAAAAUUAGCGGAACACGUGCGACAAUCGCUGCAACAAAUAACACACAAUAAAAUGGCUACUAUUGGGGGCUACAAAUUGGGCAAAGUUAUUAUCGAGGGUAAGACGAAACAGGUUUACGAUCUGCCCGAAGAACCAGGAUUAUGCCUGUUGCUGAGUAAAGAUCGCAUAACAGCUGGUGACGGUGUGAAAGCGCACGAUCUGCAAGGCAAGGCGGAGAUUUCCAACACCACCAAUGGUUUGGUGUUUGGUAUUCUGAAUGAAGCGGGUGUGAAUACGGCCUACGUUAAAGAGUGCGCGGCCAACGCCUUCAUCGCUAAGAAAUGCGAAAUGAUACCGAUCGAGUGGGUCACCAGACGUUUGGCGACCGGUUCAUUCCUAAAGCGUAAUGUCGGUGUGCCGGAGGGGUAUAGAUUUUCACCGCCCAAGCAGGAGACCUUCUUCAAAGAUGAUGCCAACCAUGACCCCCAGUGGUCUGAUGAGCAAAUUAUCUCGGCAAAAUUUAAUUUUAAUGGCGUGUUAAUAGGCCAGGAUGAGUUGGACAUUAUGAAGCGCACCACUGUAAUAGUUUUUGAAAUUUUGGAAAAGGCCUGGGCUACGAGAAAUUGUGCACUGAUUGACAUGAAAGUGGAGUUUGGCAUUGAUACUGAAGGUAACAUCGUGCUCGCCGACAUUAUCGACUCCGAUUCGUGGCGUCUUUGGCCGUCCGGUGAUAAGCGUCUGAUGGUAGACAAACAGGUUUACCGCAAUCUUGCUACAGUAACUGCCAGCGAUCUGGAUACAGUAAAGCGGAAUUUCACUUGGGUCAGUGAACAGCUGAAAGACAUUGUGCCGGCCAAAGAUCAUCUUGUCGUCAUACUAAUGGGCAGCGCUUCCGAUACCGCGCAUUGCGAGAAGAUCUCCACAUACUGCAAGCAAUUGGGAGUCAACACCGAACUGCGUGUCACCUCGGCACACAAAGGACCCGAAGAGACAUUGCGCAUUAUGCGCGAAUACGAAAGUGUCAUAAAUAGUUUGGUCUUCAUUGCGGUAGCGGGUCGUUCGAAUGGCUUGGGGCCGGUAUUGUCUGGAAGCACCACUUACCCUGUUAUUAAUUGCCCACCCUUGAAGCCGGAAAACUUGCAAGUGGAUGUUUGGUCGAGCUUGAAUGUGCCUUCGGGCUUGGGCUGCCCGACUGUGUUGUAUCCUGAAGCAGCAGCACUGCAUGCCGCACAGAUUUUAAGCCUAUCCAAUUAUAUGCUUUGGUCCAAGUUACGCGUCAAGCAAUUGAAUAACUUCAUCACUUUAAAGAAGGCCGACAAGUUGGUGCGUGGUGUGCGCAAUGCUUAGAGGUUACGUUUGGAGUAUGUCUGAAUGGAAGCAUGCGAACCGUAGUUGCAGAAGUUGUUCAUUGUUUUUGAUUUUUUUUUUUUUCUAAACAUACUUUUAUAAAAUAUGUAUGUACAUUCAAAAUAAUUUUUAGAAUGCCAUAAUUUGGUAAAUUAUUCCCUGCGAUUUUUUAUCAAAUCUCAUUCCAAUUGUACGUUCCUUUAAUAAAUAAAUGCAAGCAAUAA